UGAAGUGUACCAUGAUGGACGUACAUGUUGAUCUGUGCUGAAGAUGUUAUGUUUUCUGUUCGAGAAACUGUAGUCUUGUGGAUUUUUGGUGUUCUGCUUGCUUUCACAGACACAAGAGAAUAAACAGGUUUUGAAUUUUUAAAGUUUCGUGGUAUCGUGCCACAAAUUUUGAAUUCCUUACCAUGGAAAGAUUUACUUGCAGAACUUGUCUUGCUAUUGUAGAUGUAGAUUCAACGUUUCAAGUUUUUCAAAAAUGUUCAUCCAAAAAAACCAUAAAGGACGUUUUACUAGAAUAUGUUCCUUCAAUGGAAAAAACAUUAUCAGAAAACGAAAGGAUAUGUAUCGCAUGUUUAAAUACAUUAAAGAACUUUUUAAAAUUCAUUGAGAAAUGUUUUGAGAUUGAGGACAAUCUGAAUAAAGAUCAUAUUACUGUUGAAAAAAUUGGAUAUGUACAAAAUCCUGAUAUUGGCGAUGAUAUCCAAGUGGUCGAAAAUAUACAGAUUGUUUUAGAUGAUGAAUUAAAACCGUUAUUUGAUAAACCAGGCACAAGUAAAAAUAAGUCAUGCAGCAGUAUCCCUGGUGGUACCAUCGAUCAUGAUCAUUCUUAUAUGAAACCCAAAGAUGCUACAGACAUUUAUGUAAAAUCAGAAUGCUCAGAAGUAGCAUAUUUAGAACAAGAUGAUCAAGAUCAAGAUGAUCAAUAUCAAGAUUCUCAAGAUGAUUUUAGCUCUCAAAGCAUUGGACAAGAUGAAAGUUUUGAACAAAUGGGAGUAAGACUUAUUCCAGUUGGCACUGUUUCAGAUCAAAUGCUGGCGAAUAAUUUUGGAGAGGCUUCUACUAGUUCUCAAGAAAAUAUGCUGUCUCCAAAUAUAACUGUUCUGGCCACAGGGGAUGAAUUUGAAUCGGAUUUUCUUGAAGUAAAAGACGAGAGUAAUGAAUCAUUAGCUGAUUGUGAGGGUAUAACAUUUUACCAGACCUUAUCAAACGAAUCAAAUAUAUAUGUUUGUGAAUUAUGUGGGGAUGGGUUUCUUAGUCAGCAGUUAUUGCAACAGCAUUUUACUGUUCAUGGAAAACUGAGAAUUAUGUGUGACAAGUGUCCUAAAAUUUUCAAAAAUGAUAGUGCUUUAAAGGCACAUUUCAAAUUGAAACAUUUAGAAUGCGAGCGUUUCAAAUGUGACAUUUGUGCGCAACUGUUUGCCAGAGCAGAUUAUUUGAGGAACCAUCUAAAAAGACACGAAGAUGAAAAGAAGAAUAACGUAAAAUGCAGAGUUCCAGGCAAAUUCCUCAGAUUUAAAAACACAGAUGAUCCAUUACCUUGCAAAAUUUGUGGAAAGUAUUACAACGGUAUCCAGAAACUGAAGGUUCAUCUUCAAACUCACUUGGUGGUAAAAAGGUUUGCAUGUGAAUAUUGCGAUUUGACUUAUAAGAGAUGGCCCAGUCUUAAGAGACACGAAAGAACGCAUUUGGAAUCCGAUCAAUUUUUCUAUAGAUGUAAUGUUUGUUGGAAACGAUUUGCACAAAAAGAGGAAUUAGAGGUGCACAUGAACCAGCACGGAAACCCGCGAUACAGGUGUCAAGUGUGCGAUGAACAGUUUCACAGGAAGUACCUGUUUGAUAACCACUACUUACUUAGCCAUGCUACACCCGAAGACAUUGAGAAUUCCAAAAAAGAAGUAAUUUAUGAUACAUUGUUGGAAUUAUCAAGCCAAAGCGUACUAGUUUCUGAAUAACUUUCUGAUAGUUCAUAUUUAUUACUUAUUUAUGGAUUGUAAUUGUUUUUUCCUUGAAUAUUUUCUGAUGAGAUUUUUUUUGCAUUCAACGGUUGAAUAAAGACGAAAAAUGUUAAAGUUUCAAUAAAAAACCUAUUUUGUUUUUAACAAGUUUAUUACGUCGGUUAAAUUGGGAAAAGAUGCGAUAAACGUUAGUUACGAAAUUUAUUUAUUAUAGCUGCACAAUAUAAAAAGAAAAAUGUUUAUUAUGGGGAUUCCCACAAGAGUGGAAAACCGUUGACUAUUUUUUAAUCAGUAUGGCGCAGUAUAAUGAUUUAAAUUUACUAUUUAAUAUUUUUUGGGUGUUCUUAAAUGUCAUGUCAAUAUUGAAGCAGGUAAUUCCUGUGCCUAUUUUUUGACUAAAAUUUCCAAAUUGCUUUGCUUUAAAGAUGCAGAGUGUUGAAACGAUUGCACCUGAAGAUUGCGAAUUUAAUAAUAAUAAACGUCUUUAUUUGCACUAAAUAUAGAUUACAAAAAUAAAGUGCUCAAUAGGGCGAGAUUUAGCCUAUGCCUACUCUUACAUCUAACCCGUUUACAGUUAAUACAAAUUACAAAAUAUACAAAAACAAAUAAAAAAUUAAAUACAGAGAUAAAUUCAAAGAUAAAUACUAUUCUAUGCAUCAUACUUAGCAAUAAAUAUUGUAAACCUUUAGCCAAUGUGUUCUUGCAAAAAAGAAAGAAAUAUGAUCGUAUUUUGGUAAAUUAUUCAUAUAUCUAUAAGUAUUCUGCAUGAUUUGAAGCCUGUUUUUAUUGCUGUUAAGCAAGGGUAAUAAAUUUGUAUUCCAUGCACUAUUUUAGACAAGACUUUGCCAUAGAUUAAUAGAUUCAUGUGACUGGUCUUUUCUCAAUAAUGUAAAUAAUAUUGAAACUGCAUGUAAGUUAUUUUAUGAACAACUAGGUACAUGGUAUGAUGGAUAUAUGUAUUCUCAAAUAUGUUCCAACUGCAAGAAAAUACCCUACAUGGUUCAACGGACCUAUUAUUAGAGAUAUUAAAAAAAGAGAAAGCACGAAAAAAGUUUAGGCGCAAUAAUGAUUUAAAUGCCUUCGAAGAAUUUAAACGGCUAAGAUCCAAAAUUAAAAAGGACGUAGAGAAAGCACAAAAAGACUACGUUAAAACAUUACAAGAGAAUAUAAAAAAAAAUAGUGGGAACUUUUGGUCAUACGUAAAUUCUAAAAGGAAAGAUGGUGGAAUACCUGAAUUUAUGACUUAUGAUGAUUUAAAUCUUUUAAACAUGCAAGAUAUUGUAAAUGGAUUUGCUACUUACUUUAAAAAUUCCUACAGUAAUUCAUCAAAUGUUGAUGUUGACUUUGAGAGUGAUUUAUCAAAUAAUUUACAUGUGCAUAUAGCUGAAUUUAAAGAAUCUGAUGUGUCGAAGGCAGUAUUAAAGUUAAAAUCUAAAUUUACUAAGGGACUAGAUAAUAUACCAUCCUUCAUGGUUCGCGAUUGCUCCCAUGCGUUAGCUAUUCCUUUAAAUAAAAUAUUUAAUUUGUCACUGAUGCGUACUGGUACAUUUCCUAAUGCAUGGAAGAGGUCAAUAAUCUGUCCUGUUUUUAAUAAAGGUAAAAAAAAUUGUAUCGAGAACUAUCGACCCAUCACUAUUAUAUGUAAUUUUGCCAAAGUUUUUGAAAUUUUACUAUACGAUAAUAUAAUACCACACGUCAAACAUCAGAUAGUGGAAGAACAACAUGGUUUUUGUAAGAACAGGUCAACAAUAACAAAUCUUUUCUCAUUUACACAACACAGUUCUACAAUAGUUGAUGGCGGCGAUCAACUAGACGUAAUAUAUACAGAUUUUUCUAAGGCUUUCGACAAACUCGAUCAUAAAAUAUUACUUCAAAAGCUUAACAAGUUUGGAUUGUCUAAGCCUGUCAUAAUUUUUUUUCAAUCUUACUUUACAAACAGAACCCAGUUUGUUGAAGUGCGUGGAUUUGAGUCUGUCGAUAUCUUAGUAACCUCUGGCGUACUUCAAGGCUCGAUUCUGAGACCGCUUUUAUUUAUACUAUUCGUAAAUGACAUCAUUAAUGACGUUAACGUAAAAUAUUUAAUUUAUGCAAACGAUGUCAAAAUUUUUUAUCAGGUAGAUAUCUUAAAUGAUUGUCUUAAAUUACGAAGUAAUAUUGAUAAAAUAAAUAAUUGGUGUUUAAUAAAUAAUCUUCCAUUAAAUUCAAAAAAAUGUAAUAUAGUGUCAUAUACCAAAAAAUAUUUUCCAAUUCUCUAUAACUACUGUUUGGAUGGUGUUAUAUUAAAUAGGCCUGAUUUUAUUAUAGAUCUUGGGGUAAAGUUCGAUAGAAAACUUACUUUUAAUGAACAUCUAAAUGACGUGGUAAAAGCAUCAUUCAGAAAUUUGGGAUUUAUCAUUAGGCAUGUAGUUGACCUCAAUUCUAUCGAAACCAUGAAUAUGUUGUAUAAUGCGUUCAUCAAAUCAAAAUAAGAAUUUGAUUCAAUAAUAUGGAAACCAUUUUAUAUGAUAUUCACAUAAGCGCUCUUGAAAACGUUCAAAGACGAUAUCUAAAAUUCUUGACAUUUAAGAUAGACGGAACAUAUCCACCAAUUGGGAUAAAUCACACGUUACUUUUAAAUAGAUUUCAAAUGCAAAACUUAGAAUGUAGACGAAAAAAUCAGUCGGUAAUAUUCCUCUAUAAACUUAUUAACUACCAAAUUGAUUGUUCCGAGUUAUUAGAACAACUUGUAUUUAAAGUGCCAAGAAUUGAAUCUCGAAACAACUUAAUGUUUUAUCUGCCGCUAUCUCGGACAAAUUUAUUAAAAAACUCGCCGUUGUAUGUGUGAAAACUGCAACAACCUGCAAAGUAGAAUUGAUUUAUUUUCUUGUAAGGUUUCGCAGCUCAAAAAAUUGUAAAGCUGUUUCAGUACUACUUGCUUGUGUAUAGUCAUUAAUUUAUUUAAUUUUUGUCAUAUUAUGUAAUUUUUGUUAUAUUGUGUAAUUUAUGUCAUAUUCAAAUUAUGUCUUAUUGUGCAAAUGUUAUAUUUAUAUUUACUUUCGUAAUUACAAUUUUUUUUCCUGCUCUAUAACUAGGCAUUUAGCCUGUAGAGCAGUGUAUUUAAUAAAUAAAUAAAUUAGCCCGGGGUUUCUUAUUUAAUAAAACGUGCUUAUUUAAAAAUAGUAACUUUGGAGCACCAUAAUUAGAAUUUGAUGUACUUCGAUCAAAAUCCUUUGGAACUUUGAGAACAUUCGAAAAAGGGUUAAAAUGCAUGCAAACAAAAAAAAAUGCUUAAAAAAAUGCAUGUGAUACUUUCAAAUGAAACGGGUUGGACCCAGAGAUAACAGUAGGUGAGAAACUACUAACAAAUAUCGUGCUGUGGUGAAUAAG